AUUAUCGUAAACAUUGAUGAUCCAGAGAGAGCUGGAUGGUUAUUUUAAAAAUUGAAAUAUAAAUGAUCAAACAUAACAACUACAGAAAUCGAGAGCGGUAUUUGGAGUAACACCUUAUAUAGCCUGGCUGCUGUCCAGCUAGUCGGUGUUUUGAAGGUUUACAACUGUCCGGAGUGGUGGUCUCAUUCUAAAGGCCUGUUUCUCGUCAGGCCGAUAAGAGAAACAUCAACCAAUCAUUGGGUCGGGCAGCAGCAGUGUGAGGUCAUCGAUGAAUCACGGAGCGGAGAACCAUACCCCAGGCAUGCCGAUACUGAGACACAAGCAGAGUGAGAGCGCUAGGAAGCGGAUGGAACAUUGCCAGUACCUGGCAACUGAAUCACCAGAGCCAACAUACGAUUUGUCGCAAUGUGAGCUCCCAGAGGUACCGAGUGGAACAUAUUCUCUUUGUAAAGUUUUAAGGAAAGAAGUGCUAAUUCUGAGUGAUAAUUACCUGUCGUCGCUGUCAGGAGGUGGAAGUUUGAAGGAUGUAUUCGUCCUAAGGGUGCUUGAUCUACAUCACAAUAAGUUCACCGAGUUACCGGACGCCGUGACAAACUUCAGUGGCCUUCAAGUGUUGAAUGUGGAAAACAACGACAUCAAGAAACUCCCGAAGGCAAUAGGGAAUUUACAGGCGCUGCAGACACUUAACGCAAGAGGGAACCACCUGAAGGAACUACCAGCCAGUAUUUGUCAGAUGAGGUCGCUGAGGAAUCUGGACAUCUCCUGUAACAAAAUCAGAGAACUGCCUUCAAAACUGUGUCACGUCAGAACCCUAGAGACACUGAGCUUAGACGCCAUUACUAUGAAGCAUCCUGCAGCUAAAGUUUGCUCCCAGGGAACUGAGUCAAUAAUGAAAUCACUAUGUGAAGAGUGUGGUAUUGACUACAGUCCGCCCUCGCAGCACGUCUUGGGCGUCUUGGAUGCUCCAAAGAUUUCCCCAACUUCCUCAUCGUCCACCUCUUCAUUCAAGAACCUGGAACAAGAAGAAGCCAUCUUGAGUGAUAGCAUCAAGCAGUAUGAGAGAGUACAGGAGGAGAAGCGUUUGGAGAGAAUACGUCUUGAGAAAGAGUUGGAGGAUAUGGAACGAGAUCAGGAGAGAUUGAUGGCUCAUACUGACCAACAGCAUAGAGGGCUACUCAGAGCCUUAAGAAAGGAGCAAGCUGACAUGGAUUCUGGUAUCAAGACAUUACAAGAAAGAAGCGACUCUGAGAAGAGAAACUUUCUGAGGAUGCUUUAUGACGUUGAGGAAAAGUCGUCAGAACUCGUGAAUCAACUGUUGGAGAUGAAUGAAAAAGCAAAGAAGAAGGAAGCCCUGCUUGAUCAGUUGGAGAAAGAAAGGAUGGAGCUGGACGCCACCUUCCAAGUCGCAUCCGUGGAGCACGCCCUCUUGAGAGAGAAGGACAUCUUGAAGUUUGUCGGCGUGAUCAUGAAGGAGAGCUUUGAGUUGGAGGCGCUGAGGAACAUGUAUGAUAAGAAUAAGGAGAGCAUUAGAAGGAGAGCUGAGGCCAGUGAGAAUGAUACAUUUGAGCAGUUACUCUCCCGUCUAAACGCUAAGCAAAUGACCAAAGACACCAUGGUGGCAAAUCUGAUGAAGGAAGAAGCCUUCCAGAGAGAAGCAUUUGAGAUGUUACUGCUCAGCAAGGACGCUAAGCACAAACGACUGACUGAGGAGAUAUACAUGUUACAACAGCAGCUUGCUCAGGUCACCAUGGCUGAGCUUAAGAAGCAAUCAGCGAGGGCAGAGUCAACGAACAUCGCCCUGGAGCAGAAGAGGGAGGAUUUGGCCGGGCUGUUGAAGCAGCUGAUGAUUGAGAGGGAGUCCAGAGAGAUGGAAUUGAAGAAACGGCUGCUGGAGAUGGAACAGAGACGAGAAGAUGACGUGGAGGAUUAUUGGCUGAUCCAAUUCCAAAGGCUCAUGGAUCGUAAACCACAAUCACUUAUUGAUAAGGAGAAUAAUCUAGAGUUGUCUGUGAUCGACAUUCUACAAACAGCUGGGGCAGACAGUUACAUACCGAAGUUUGCCCGUCAUCGUGUUUCCAUAGAAACAAUGCUUUGCAUGAGCGAUGAAGAUUUGAAAGAGCUUGGUGUUUAUGAGCUUGGCCUGCGUCGAGCUAUCUUGGCGAGAAUUGCUGAUUACCAACGGGAAAUCGGUCAAGCCUCAGCCAAGACCAAGAAGCUGGAGGUAGACAUGCCGGAGAAGACCCCCUCCCCCUCGGCACCGGCCAUAGAUGAAGCCACAGCGAGUGAAGCUGCGUCCAACGCCUUCGUCAGGGACGUGACGGUCAGGGUGAACGCAGAGUGCGUUGUCUGUAUGGAGGAAAAUUCCAACACCCUGUUCCUGAACUGUGGACAUGUUUGCUGCUGCAAUGGGUGCUCCGAGACGCUCCAUCUAUGCCCACUAUGUCGGAGCGACAUCCUGACCAAAGUGAUUAUGCAGACGAGAUCUAAUACCUCAAUCUUCGCAAGCUGAGACCAGGUGAUUGAUUACAGUGAUUCUUAGAUGAGAAAUUAUCAUUUGAUUAUCUUUUGAUUUGCGGUUGAACAAAGAAAAAUUGUGAAAUAAAUUGAUAUCUGUAACAAAAAGUGAUUCUUAGACAAGAAGUUAUCAGAUUAUUAUCUGUUGAUUUGGGUUUGUACAAAGAAAAAUUGAUUAAAAAAAUAGCCCUUGGGGGUUUAUAUUGAUAUCUGAAACAAAAAGUUGCA